AUUGUGAACCUGUACAGUUCUGGUUGCUGACCAGACAUGGUACUAGGCUGCCAACUGCCAAAGAAAUAGGCAGGAUGCCACAUUUGGAAAGUUUGCGAGAUGAGAUUAUUCGAAAUUAUCAAGACAGAAAUUCUGGUCUUCCCGAUAGAGGCAGACUCUGUUUUCAAGAUUUGGAGAAUUUAUCACGCUGGAGAUGGGAUUAUAAUAUAACGGCAAAUCAUGAACAAUAUUUAGUUUAUCAAGGACAAGAAGACCUCAGACUGUUAGCCAGGAGGUUCCAAUCCAAAUACCCUCAACUUAUGGACUCGCUUUAUAAUCCUAAACAAUAUGAGUUUAGGCACACAGAAACCCAAAGAACCGAAUACAGUUUCAAAGCUUUUGCUGAAGGUCUUUUCGGACCAUCUUCAGUUUCGAUACAUUUACCACCGCCACCAAAAGAAGACAAAUUGUUGAAGGGUUACGAUUUCUGUCCCUUAUAUAUCGAUGAAGAGGAUAAACCAAAACCCGAACACGAAGCCUUUAAAAAUUCACCUUUAUAUACCAAACUUGUAGAAGAUGUGUCCAGUAAACUUGGUUUUAGAUUUGCUCUGGACAAGGAUGUGGUAAAUGAUAUUUGGGCGAUGUGCAGGUACGACAGGGCUUGGAAACUGGACAGACUUGGGUCGCCCUGGUGUGCGGCUUUCACACAAAACCAAGUAAAAAUUCUGGAAUAUCUCGAAGAUUUAAAAUAUUACUACAAAACUGGAUAUGGUUUAGACAUCAAUACUAAAAUUGGAUGCCCUCCGAUUAAAGAUAUGAUUGAGAAAUUCACAAAAAAGAUCGAUACUAAUGAUGGUCCAAAUGUGGUGGCAUAUUUUACCCAUCAAGCAAUGUUGAACAUGAUGUUGACCACAUUGGGUUUGGCAAAAGAUUCUCGACCUCUGACCGCAGCAGAUUUUGAGAUUAAUGAGAAUAGACAGUGGCGUGUCAGCAAACAAUCACCAUUUACUGGAAAUUUGGCAGCAAUUCUGCACAAAUGUGACGAGACGCAACCGGAGCCCUACCAGGUCCUAUUUCUCCUGAACGAGGCUCCAGCUGAAAUAAGCGACUGCAGGGUCGGACUGUGCUCCUGGGAGACUGUCAGACGUAAAUGGGCACUUUUGGCUGACACCUGCGACCUAAAUCAUUUUUGUUUACCUAAUUCGGCUCCUGCAGCCAAUUUAAAUGUUAUUGGUUUUGUAUCAUUGGUAAUAACAGUUUUAUUAUUGGAUCGAUUUAGAGGAAUUUAAAUAAAAUUUGAGGAUAUUCCUGUGGUGAAGUAUAGACAAAUCCAAAUGUAUAAAUUCUAAUAUCUAAAAAUAAUGAAACGAAGCAGGUGAGCAUUAAAACAUCUAUCAAUGAUUGUUCUAAUUUAUCAUAA